UAUUUUCUUGUGCACUCUCUGACCGAUCGAAAAAAAAUUAUUACCUAGUAUUUUGGUUCGAGAUUACGUCGUCUUCUAUUUUUUCUUCCUUUAUGAGCACACAUUUAUCCAUCAUUAAUCUAUUGUAUUGUAUUUUUAUGCUCGGCCUUUAAAGAAAUCUUGACUUAAAAUUCAUUGACUUUAAAAUUUUUAGGGGAAUUUUUAGAUGUUUUAAACUGGUCUCGAACAUCUUGGGAUUGGAAAAAAAGGGUCAAGGCCUAGCUUAAUUUUUUGUUCACCACACUCGUCCCAUUCCCAUUGAUAAAAUACUAUAAUUAAACACUCCUCUAUAAAAAAAAUUUUUUUGUUCGUUGUCAUCUCUCAAUAAAAAUAAAAAUAUAAAUUUGCUUCACAUAAAAAUAUUUUUUUUUUGAUUCAUUUAAUCUUGUCGCAGUUGCAUUCAUUUAUAUUUACUGCUAUUUUAUAUCUCAGAAAAUUUGUAGAUUUUCUCUAAAAGUGGUUUUUUUGUAAAAAAGGACGUUUAUGUGAUAUUUGGAUUUGUCCGCAAAUGUUUUGCGGAUAUCUAUUUUAGCCGCAAAUAUUUUGCGGACAAAUCCGCAAAUCGAUUUAUUGAUUUUUAGUUGUUCUAACUACCACAAAUCGGCUUAGAAAAUUUACAAAAUAUUUUCACCCAUUUUAGAUUUCAUUUUUUAUUUAAACACACGUCAGUUUUUAAAGUAAAAAAAUAAUUUGUGUAGUUAAAAAUUGAGAAAUGACAUUAAUUAAAUAUAUUUUACUCAAUUUUUCUUUCAUGUUAAGUUUUUGAUUUAAAGAAAAAUAAAUAAAAUAUAAAUUGUGUGACAAAAUAAUUUUUUUUAUUAAUUUUAAAUAUUUUUUAUAAAAAUUUAAGGGAAUAUUUUUUGAAAAUUUUUAUUUAAAAUUUUUUUUGCAGAUUUUUUAGCUCUAUAAUUAAUAAUUUAUUAUUUUGUUAAUGUCGUUAUACAAAGAAGAUGUUUAUGAAACAGAAGAUUUGCCUGAACCGGAGCCUGAUGAUGACGAGGAAUAUUUUGAAAAUAAAGAAAUUGAAAAGGUCCAUGUUGAUUUGAAUGCUGCUAAAAGGCGUUUUGGAAAUUGUUUGUUAGACUCGGGAGGUGCAGAUUUUUCUGAUUCGGUGACUUCAUCGCGUUUAAAACGCGGAUACAAGGCUAAUGAGAUAUUUGAAGGCUCUCCUCAAGACUGGGAGAUUGAAGAACUUUCUUUUGAACAAAAAUAUAAAAAAAUCUGUUCAGAAAUUAAAGAAUUGAUGGCUGAAUCUGAAAAGGCACAACCAGUCAGCAAGAUAGAAGUUGAAGGUUUGAAGAAACUCGUACAAUCGAUAGCUUCACCUGCUGUGAGCGAAGUUCAACAGAAGGCAGGCACUGACUCUUCUAAACAACCGGACGAGCCCAAAUAUUUGACUGAAGAGGAUAUAGAAAAAUAUCGAAGCAAGCUUGUUUCUGGAGCUUCAAUUCAAGAAUUUAAUGAAGUUAUAAAUGCUAUUUUGGCAGAAUAUAGUCGAAUCGCUGAAUAUUGCUCGUCUGUUACUAAAAAUCGCAAAGAAUAUUUUAAUCAUUUGCAAAAAUCGCAUCAAUCCGAGUUAAAUUUUAAGGACAAACAAAUUCAACUUCUGGAAACCACUGUGGAACAACUUCGACAAGAUCUCGUCAAAAAACUUAAAAAUGAACAUAUGGAAAUUGCUAGGAGUUCUGUAAAAGGAGAGACAACUAAAGAAAUGAAUUCUGACGUUGGGUAA